UUCCGUUGAUCUCCAAUAUCUUGGUAUAUCUGAAGGAAUUCAUCGUUGUAAGUACAGGCCUGUCAGCGGCAGUAUGGCGAGCCUCGCCGAGCAUAUACAUGUAUCAUAAUGGAAAUUAUCUUCCUAAUCCUGAUUACAGCUGGAUUAUGUGUAGACCGUCCCCGACUCCGAAUGAUAUUGUUAACGUUCACUGUAACAUAGAAAGCCUACAGCAAUUUUAAAAUAUAAGGUUUUCUAGAGUGACGUUUUAAGGUAUGGUUUCGUCAGUUAAUCUAACGCAAAAAUUAAUUUGUUAGCGGUCUGGCUUACGGACAUUUAUGGACCAUGCCGGAUCUGCCAUAUUAAAGUCAUAAACAACAGCUCUUUUAAAUCGCUAUGUUUUACAGGGAUGCCGGGUCUUCGUGUCGGAUACAAGGCCGACAGUCAAGAGCCAGUUAACACCGGGGAACAAUGUAGGAAGUAAACAUGUUUAAAUCUGGUUUGACGAUGGAAUUGAACAAUAUAAGAACGCAGGUGCUUAGAUUGUCACCAACAAUUGGCAUUGUGAUUGGCUUUUAUCUGUUGUGUUUUUUCCCGGAGUGAUUAGUGCAACAAUGUAGCCGGAUCACUUGACUGCAGUCCUUAUUUCGUCAAUGAAAAUCGUGUAAAUAAUGGAUAAGCAAGAAACGAAAUUCUUCACACAAGUGUCUGAGGCAACGAUUGCCGUUCGGUCGAAAGCAGUACCGUGUGUUUUUACUUUCAGUGACGGUAUUCCAACACCUGUUGACGUCUGAACUAUUUAAACAAUAAUUGCAUGUACCUAAUUGAUACCGAAGCGGAAAUAUGAAAAGCCAUUGACAAUUCGAUGUAUGAUGUUUACCUUGUGACGAAAUCAAAAGCGCCAUGCCACGUAAGUCUAACGCGAUACUUACUGUGCGUGUUAACGGGAAUAGCAGUAGCGAGGAUGAGACGGAAUCGCUCACACUAGCAUAUCGCGACGGCGGUGGCGAGUCCACGGCUACCCUUUUAGAGUCCUCGUACGGUGAUUCCUCGCCACCGUGCGGAAGCACGUCGAACUCACCUCCACUGUCACCAUCAGGGGAGGAACGGCGACCACUUAGAGUGGAUUUUGCAGACAUCGACUACGGUAAUUCUGAUAUGGAAAAAUCUCAGAGGAAAAAAGAUAUUGAAAAGGAUCUGAAAAAGUUCUCUCGGCGUGGGACGGGUAGCGUACGUUAUGCAGAACCACGAAUGUCUUUGUUGGGGAAACCGUUAAACUAUCGAAUGCACCGAAAAGAUGCAAGAGUUCGGAAAAUUCAAGCUCGGAUUUACAAUUUCCUGGAGCGUCCGAAGAUUUGGCCUUCCGUCAUUUACCAUAUUCUAAUGUUCCUUGUGAUCGUUGGCUGUCUAGUUCUCAGUGUCUUGGCAACAGUGGAGGAUUUUCACCCCAAACUGUUCACAAGAAUAGCAUUAUAUUUAGAACCAGUCCUGCUUGUCUGGCUAAUGGUCGAGUACGCUAUCCGGGUGUGGGCGGCUGGAUGUCGCUCCCGAUAUCAAGGAUGUUCGGGGCGCCUCAGGUUCAUGCGGAGACCCCUCUGUAUUAUAGAUAUGGUGAUUAUAGGUGCCUCAAUUGUCGUACUUUCUCUGGGAAUCGCGAGCCCUAUGUUCGCCGCCUCACCGCUCAGGGGACUUCGCUUCUUUCAGAUCCUACGAAUGGCUCGGAUGGACAGACGGGGAGGCUCAUGGAAACUUCUAGGAUCCGUUGUCUGGGCACAUAGGCAGGAACUUCUUACAACGCUGUAUAUUGGAUUUCUUGGUCUUCUCUUCUCAUCCUUUCUGGUGUAUCUGGCAGAAAAAGAUGCCGAUAAAAAGAAAUUUCGCAGUUUUGCUGAUGCACUUUGGUGGGGAGUGAUAACUCUAUGCACAGUAGGAUAUGGAGAUGUAGUGCCGACCACAUGGGCUGGGAAACUGAUCGCUGCCUUCUCCGCCGUGUUGGGGAUAUCCUUUUUCGCCCUGCCAGCGGGGAUUCUGGGUUCCGGUUUCGCCCUGAAGGUCCAACAACAGCAACGUCAAAAACACCUUAUAAGGAGACGGGUGCCUGCUGCACGACUUAUACAGUGUCUUUGGAGAUGUUACGCCGCGGACGAGAAUUCCAUGUCUAUAGCCACCUGGAAACCCCACAUGAUCCCAUGUCCUAGUCCUACAUCUGACAGACAAUGGAAAAACAACACAGGCUCCUCAUUUGUGAGCAGGUUCUCCACCAGACGAAGAGACCGGUCGAGUGCCGGAAGUAGUAUAACUUCCAACUCUCCACACUCGCCACUAAUUCCACGCAAAGAAUCAAAGCGACCGAACGGAACAGCAGACACGGAUGACUUUGCAAUUAAUAGCUUGGUGAACCGCACAUGGAGUCAUCUCAGCCUCGCUACUGGUUUGGCAGACCAGAGAGUCGAUCAGCUUCCUAUAAAGAAAGACAACCCCUCACCAUCAUUCUCCUACAGAGAUCAAAAUGAAGAAGAAGACCAUUCUCCUAAAAUGACACAACUAACAGAGCAGCAUAAAAAAGCUAUACGAGCUAUCAGAAAGAUAAGAUACUUUGUAUCAAAAAAGAAAUUCCGAGAGGCGCUCAGACCUUACGAUGUGAAAGAUGUGAUUGAACAAUACUCAGCAGGUCACGUGGACAUGCUCGGACGAAUCAAAAGUCUCCAAUCAAGGUUGGAUCAAAUUUUAGGAAAAGUAGGAAGCAAGAAAAAAGACACAUACGACUCUAAGCAGAGUUUGGCUUCCCGAAUCGUUAAAGUAGAACGCUCAACUGAAGACAUUGAAUCAAAGCUGGACUUACUGUUCGACAUGUACAAAGAGGACCGCAAGAUAUUGUUACAGUAUUGUCAAUCAAAAUCACAGAUCACAAACAAUCUUCCCGCCUCAGGGGAGGCAACUCCUGUGGCAUCGUGUUUAAAAUCAUCUACAAGUUCUCUUAAGCAACCUCGCUCAAUACUUGCGGACAAACAAUGCAGCGAGCCUUCUACACCUACAAGCCUGGGAAACAUUGAAAACCCAUCGAUGCAAAGAAACCUUUCAGACCUCAGUCAGCGAAUCAAAAAGCGUGUAACAUACCGCUUACUCUCCUUAAACGUUGAGGCAAAGGAGAAACAGGAACCUUCCAGCAUUCCAUAUAAGGGCCGAAGAAAGAGCGCGUCAUUUGACACGGGUGACGAACUCAUUGUGCAAGGACAUAGACAGCGGUUCAACACACGUGGUAAACAUGAUCUCGAGGAAGUGUUCCGAGAGGUUUCUACGGAAACCAAUAACGAGUCUCCCGAAAAAGAAUCCGGUGAAUCACAGUGUUGUGAUGAACUUCCUAAGGCAAAUAAUCCUUUGACGCAGAGCCAAAGGCGUGAACAAUUUCUACGUGGACGAGUGUCACGUGAUUCAAGCAACAAAUCAUAUGACAGAGAUCGCGUUGUCCGCGAGAACGAAUCAUUCACACGUGUUGUUAUUGAUACCGAUGUCUCCGAAUCGUCUACUAAUAAUUCCCCAAUACAUUUAUGUUAUGCCUCGGAUUCGGGUACAUAUAGAGACAAAAUUGAUAAAUAAAAUUUGUUUCCUUUUUAACA